UUUGGACCCGAGGAGCCGGUGAGUUUCCCCGCUGCUCGGUGCUCGGUGUCGGCCCGGCAGAGGAGCUGCUGGGCGGCGGUUAGUCGGAGCGGAGCAGCUGGAAAGUUGUUGGCAGUUUGGAGGAAAAUGGAGGCGCUUCUCGUCCCCGCGGAGGUGAAGAGCUGAACUCAACAUGGCCUCUCAGACGGUGUUCUCGGUGGGGAUGUAUCCUGUCGGUGUGUCUGUGAUGGAAGACGUACAGGGUGACAUGCCUGGAAACACACUCCCCGCCCCCCAGCUGGUGAUGCUGGCCAACGUGGCGGCAGUUACAGCAGCAGAGGGCGGUGGCGGAGACGGCAGCGCUGCAGACGAGAAGGAGAUGAUGGAGCUGAAGACUGUGGGAUGCACCUACUCGGACAGCGAGGAGGAAAACAUCAUCAGGUACAGCUAUGAUAACCAGAACCACAGAGAGGUGUGUAUCAUCGAGUAUCCUGAGUCGCCCGGCCCGCCCAUCCAGGCCGUGAUCGUAGGGAACCACCUGCAGGAGGAAGAAGAGUGCAAUGGGACAGGUCUUGAGCUCUGUCUCCAGCCCUGCCCCCCAGCCGCCACCAAAACACCUGUGGAGGAGGUCCAACGCAAACACGCCCCUGCCCCCGCCGCCGUGCUGGAGAGCUCCAAGAAGAAGAAACCCUUCUACUGUAAGCCAUGUCAAUUCCAGGCUCAGAACGAGCAGGAGUUUGUUGAACACCUCGGCACUCAUGGCGUCAGUAAAAUGAUGGUGGUGCACCGGGUGGAGGCCAGGAGCAGGACCAGGGCCAAGGAGGCUGAGACAACCGAGUCCCAGACACCGUCAGGUGGGGAGGCGGAGAAUGGUGGGGACGCAGGCACAGCAGUGGCAACGGGUGACAUCAAAGGGCUGAUAAGGUGUGAACGGUGCGGCUACAACACCAACAGAUACGACCAUUACAUCGCUCACCUGAAGCACCACAGCAGGGAGGGCAGCGACCACAGGGUGUUUAAGUGCACUCUGUGUCCGUACACCACCGUCAGUCAGUACCACUGGAGGAAACACCUGAGGAAUCACUUCCCCAGCAAACUGCACACCUGCAACGAGUGCUCCUACUUCUCCGACCGCAAGAGCAACUACAUCCAACACAUCAGGACACACACAGGUGUCCGUCCUUUCCAGUGUCCGUACUGUGACUACUCCAGCUCUCAGAAGACCCACCUGACCCGACACAUGAGAACUCACUCAGGUGAGCGUCCCUUCAAGUGUGAGAGUUGUAACUACCUGGCAGCCAAUCAGCAUGAGGUGACCCGCCACGCCCGGCAGGUCCACAAUGGCCCCAAACCUCUGUCCUGCCCCUACUGCGAGUACAAGACUGCCGACCGCAGCAACUUCAAGAAGCAUGUCGAACUCCACCUCAAUCCUCGCCAGUUUCUCUGCCCUCUCUGCAAGUACGCCGCCUCCAAGAAAUGCAACCUGCAGUACCACCUCAAGUCCAGGCACGCCGGCUGCAACGUCCCCGUGGACAUCUCCAAGGUCAAACUGCGCAUCAAGAAGCCCGGUCUCGAUGGCACAGAGGAAAACGCAGACCCCAAGGCAACCAAGUUUGACAACUCAUCCAGUAUGGAGGAGGAAUUUGACAUGGACGAGGACGCCGCAGACGAGGAUGAGGGUGCGAACUCAAGUCCCAUCAAUCUGUCAAUCAGAGAGAGCAGCCAGCCUGAUGCUGCCCAACCAGUGCAGAGUGAAGCACCUGACAAGACGCAGAAGAAAUCCACCGUCACUGCAGAGAAAGAGAAAGUACAAAAAACAAAGGAGAAGGCAGAGCCAGAGAAAAAGGUCACAAGCAGGCAGAGGAGGAGCGAGAAGGUCAAUGAGAGUCCUCCAGAGAAGGAGCCAACAACAGUCGCUGUAAACACAGACAACAAGAUGAAGAGACGAGUCAGGAAACUGCCAGCAGAAAAAACAGCCCAGAACCAGGAGGCAGUGACGAACUCAGAAAAAUCCCAAACGGGGACAGAAAAGUCUGAUCAGAGACCUGAGGAGAGAGUCGUGAGACAGGAAGUGGAGAAAGUAGGAGAAAAGUUGAAGGUUGACAAGGAGAAAGAAGAUCAGAAGAAUGAAGGUAGUGUGAAGGAGAACAAAAGCCUCAACAAGCCAAAGAGGUCCCCGUCAAAGAAAUCUGAGAAAACAACGGAACAUGUCAAAGAUGCUCCGCAGAAGGUGGACAGUCCCGAGAAGACUCAGAAGGAGAAGGUGGUCAGAGAAAAGCCUGCGAAGAGGAAAGCUGUGGAGGCUCUCGAUCUGUCCAAAAAGUCCUCAUCUGAGACUCCGCCCAAAGCCAGACGGCUGAAAUCCAGUGCUGCUGAGAAGCUGCAGGAGAAGCCUGUUGUAGAAGACACGAAGAAGACUAAUGAAGCCCCUCCUACUCCACAGAGGUCCAACAGGACGACUCCAGUGAGGCAGAAGAAGAACAGGAGCACCAGUAAGAAAGCUUCAGGCCUUCAGCAGACUGUGGAACCUGAGAAAGACGAGCAGACUUCAGUUGUCUGUCCGACCACAGACGCUCUGGAAGCAUCCGCUCAGCCAGACACCGCGACACCAACCACGCCAUCUGACGACCACCCGACAGGAAACAGCUUUGCACCGAGCAAAGCCUCUGCUGAUGAAACCACUCAAACAGACAAGACUUUGGACAAACCCUCAGAGAAGAUGGAGGUUUCACCCUCCUGCAGCUCAGGUGAGGAAACGCCCUCUCCAGCCGCAGACCGCCCCGCUCCGACGUUCCUCAAACCGACAUCACCGCCGCCUCUGGUGCUCCCAGGCCAGCGAAGCAAACCUGCUGAUCCAGAGGACGACGAGGGCAUCCACAGCAGCCACGAAGGAGGAAGUGACAUCAGCGACAGCGCCUCUGAGGGCAGCGAUGACUCUGGCCUCAAUGGCAACGGCGCUGGCUCGGGUAAGAUGGCCAAUGACCCCGAAACACCCACCGACGAGAUCCCAACACCGACAGAGCUGAAGAGUCACCUGUGCAUCUUCUGCGACCGUACGUUCCCUCUGGAGGUGGAAUACCGGCGCCACCUGAACCGCCACCUCGUCAACGUCUAUUACAUGGACAACAUUGCCAAAGCACAUAAGUGAGAAUCUGUAUCUAUGGCAACAGGCGUAGACGUGUCAUCAUUUGAAACUUUGGAUUCUGGUGCUCUGAAACAAAACUGAGCGGACAGGAAACACCAGUUUGUCCCAGUUAGCUGGACGUUAUUAACCCUUUGUCACAUGGUUAUAAAUAUUAACACACAGACUGCUCAUAUAAACUGACUGUAUGUCUGGUGGGAGGAGUCUACGCACCCGCGCUCUGUUUAACAUGGUCAACCCUCCUCUGAUGACUCGUCUCCGCCGUCUGUUAUCGUGCUCUGUUCACAUCAGUUUGAUCUUUUAUCUCAGAGUCUCGAUUUGCUCCUGAUCCACCGCCACGCCAAACGUAGUGCAGAACCAGCUGUAGAGAACGUCACAUUGUGUUAAAGAUUUUGGAUGGCGCCAUUUUGUGAGGAGCGAGCUUUGUUACCUGUGCCUGAUCCAAACUGGUGAGAACAUGGGCUGGUUCACUAUAGCACCGACGUUCCACGAGUCCUGAACAGAACCAGUUAAAGAACCAGAGCGUGUUUAGAGAAGGAGUACAUGUUCAGAUAUCACCAGAUGUGGUUCACAGAUCCACAACGUUCUUCAGCAUCGUCGAACUACAGUUAGGGAAUAUUCUCGUGAGUUCUAUUUUACAUUUAAAAACUGUCUGUCGUCACGCUGCCACCUGGUGUCCAUCCAGAGAACGGUUCGCACAGAGGCCUCAGGUCGGUGCAGGGUCAUGUCGGGGGAUUGGAGCCCUGUGUACCGCCUGACAGACAUUAGAGCUCAGAGAGGAGUCACUAAAUGUAAAGAUGAACUUUGUUUCUGCACACAUUGUAUUUGUUUAAGUUUAGGGACUGUUCUGUAUUUGUCAGAAGAGACUGCAGUGUGACCCUCCCUGAAGCUGCCUCCACCAUGAGUUAAAAAGGAGUAAAAAAAAAAAAAAAAAGGCCUCAGUUUUUCACUCUUGUGUAAUUUUUUAUAUUUGGCCAAAUUUUAAAUGAGACGCAGCCUAACGGGAUUUUGAUUAACCGUCAAAAUUUUAAGAUCAGAUUUGGUUUGGUUAUUUUCAGACCAAAAAAAAAAUACAAUAAUAAUUUCUGUUUUAACGGCUUCUGGCUGAUAAAUGUUGGAAUUUUGGUGAUUUUUAAAGAAAACAUGCUUAUUUCUUUUAUUUUUAGAUUUUGAAAGGCAUGUUUUAUUUUUUCAUGUUUUCUUAUUGUUCUUUUUUUAUAUAUAUAUAUUUUCCAUAUUUUCUGUUUUGUUUUUGUUUUAUUUCUUUAUUUUUCUUUUUUAUCUUUAUUUGUCUUUAUUUUGAAAGACAUUUUUUUUGCAAGUUUUCUUUAAAAAUCAUAAAAAUAAAUCAAAAUACAGACAUGUAAAGCUGAUGCCCCUCCCAAGCCAAAAAUUAAAACAAGUCCAUCCCCAGUGUUUUUAUUAUUAUUAUUAUUAUUAUCAUUAUUAUUAUUUGAAAUUCUUUGACACGCCCCCUUUGUUUGCACCACUGCACCUUCACCUCAUAAAUAAAGAACAGUCCCUGAGGUGGAGGAUUCUCUUAAUGACAUCAUCAGAUCAUGUGUCAUCUGCAGCAGCUUCACUAGUUUCCAUCGUCUCUACAAAUGAGUUUGGAUCAUUUCAGAAAUCAGACUUUUGUGUUUCAGUGAUUGAUGUUGGGAUGACGGUUGCCAUGGUAACACCUGUCUGUUACACACCGCUGGGCUCGCUGUAAUAUUCUGUAUGUAGCUGAGUUUUGUUUCGAUGAUAAAGUGGAUUUUUCAUUUUUAUAAACAUGGAGUGCCUUUGACAAUCAACUCUGUACAGUCACUUUGAACUUUUCUUCUUCUUUGUAUUCUGUUUUUAGACGGAAGGUUCAAGUCUGAUUUUUUUCUCACCACAAACUGUUUUUCUUUAACUUGUGAAUAUUUGUCGUCUUUUUAUGAAACAGGGACACUGAACUAAACUGAGCUCUGAUUGGUGAAAGAAAAUCACACCGCUUAUUGUCGUAUAUCAGAGAUGAUUAUUAUAUGUUGUGUGUUCCACGUGUAGAAACACCCUGAGUCUGAACUUCACCUGAACCUGCUCUGAAGAGACGCUCCCCUGUAAAUAACUCAGUGCAAUAUUCCUUUAGUCGAGAAGCCAAAGUGAACGCAGAGCUCUUCUGUACAUGUUUAACUGCCUGUCGUCACUGAUCUCUGAUCUGUUUCUAACACGUGAGAGGAAAGUUUGAAAUGACAAACAAACAUUGUCAGUUCAGAUCCUGAUGAAGUUUAACGUGACGAGACUUCUUCAUUUGUAAAUGUUUUACUCUCAUCACAGUGACAUGUGGAGGCGGCCGCCCUCUGUCCUCUGUGUGUGAUAUCAAGCUGUAUAUUCAUGUUUCUGUAAACGGCCGUCACAUUAAAGGAUAAACUGGCGUUAA